CAACAUUGCUGUCGGCUACCCGUACCCGAUUAAACUAUUAUUGUUUCUUUCAUUUUUGCAAAAUCGCACAGAAAACAAACGUUCGAUUCAGCUUUAUUUUAAGUACAAGUCCCAAUAUGGAGUUUCGAACACAAAUCUUAGUUGCCAUGUUGUUGGUGACCAUGGUGUCUGGUUAUACUGUGGUGAACAUGGAGAAGAAGACCCCUCUUUCACCGAUGGUGGAGAAAAUUAACAGCCUUCAGACAACAUGGAAAGCUCAAGAUAACUUUGGCUGGGCUGACUUAAAAGACAUCAAAAGACUGAUGGGUGUUUUACCCGAGUCCAAGAAGCAUCUGCCCCCUCUGAGACCACCAGUUCUUGAGAUGGGCGGCCCUCUUCCUGAUUCAUUUGAUUCUCGUCAACAGUGGCCUUCUUGCCAAACUCUCAAAGAAGUUAGAGACCAAGGAAACUGUGGCUCUUGUUGGGCUGCUGCUGCUGCCGAAGCUAUGUCUGACAGAAUCUGUAUCCAUUCCGGAGGCCAAAUGAAUGCUCAUAUUUCCAUUGAAGAUUUGAUGACCUGCUGCCAGAGUUGUGGUAUGGGAUGUAACGGUGGAUACCCAGCUGCUGCUUGGGACUAUUUCAAAGCUACAGGCAUCGUCACUGGUGGACCUUAUCACAGCAAAAUGGGUUGCCAACCGUACCAAAUCCCAGCCUGUGACCAUCAUGUUCCUGGAAAACUGCACCCUUGUAAGGGAGAAUUGCCAACCCCAUCAUGUGAGAGAAAAUGUGAAGCAGGAUACAAUGUGACUUAUGAUGAUGACAAACAUUAUGGACAUACCUCUUAUGCUGUUGACAAUGAUGAAAAGAACAUUCGGCAGGAAAUAAUGACCAAUGGCCCCGUUGAGGCUGCUUUCUCAGUUUACAAAGAUUUCCUUACAUAUAAAUCAGGUGUUUACCAACAUGAAGAAGGAGAAUUUAUGGGUGGCCAUGCUGUGAAGAUCUUAGGUUGGGGCGUUGAGGAAAGUACUCCAUAUUGGCUUGUGGCUAAUUCGUGGAACCCUGAUUGGGGAGAUAAAGGAUUUUUCAAGAUCAAGAGAGGCAACAACGAAUGUGGUAUUGAAGAUCAAAUUGUUGCAGGGCUUCCAAAAUUGGCCCAAAAGAAAGAAUGAUAUUCAAAUGUUGUUGACAUUUUUACAUUUUAUAUAAAUCAUACACACAAGACACAUACACA